AUGAGCUUCAACGAUCUCGAACGAGGACACACCGAGCCAUUACUGCGAGGCAACGCUCCCGGUAUGUUGCUUGUGAAGGGUUGCAUGAGGAUCCAGCUGACGAGCUCUGACUCCGCCCUCUUCGUUGCCGCCCAUGUCCGAUCCAUCGCUCGCGCGUCACUCGCCACCGCAGACCAGGAUGCUACUUUCACCGCCAUCAAGGACUCGGUAUCCAUACAGGUCUUCAAGAUCCAAUCAAACGUGCAGGGAAUCCAGAGACUGGUAGAUAAGCUGGGUGGGAGUUCGGAUGGCGAGCAGCUUAGGGCUAGUCUUCACAACCUGACUGAGGCUACCCGAGAUAUGGUCAAGAAGUCUACGGGGGACAUCAAGAAGCUGGCCUCGUACCCAGCUGGUGGAGAAUUCGCCAGCCGCAAACCUAUACAAAACAAGCUGUCCAAAGAGUUCACCAAUGCCAUCACAGGCUUCCAGAAGGUGCAGAGACUGUCGGCCGAGAAGCAGCGGUUGUACGUGGAAAGUCAGAAGAGGAGGAUGGAUAGGAUGGUGGAGGAUGGUGAUGCGCACGAUGAACCAAGAGGGAGCGUCGAGCUUGAGAGAGUCCAGGUGCAACAGCAGGUGCAGCAGCAGCAGCAACAGGUCUCAUCACAAGAGGUCGACUUCCAGGAGACUCUUAUCGCUGAAAGAGAGGCCGAAAUACGAGAGAUUGAGUCUGGUAUCCACGAGCUGAACGACAUCUUCCGUGAUCUCGGUACCAUGGUCGUGGAACAAGGCUCCCUUGUCGACAAUAUUGAAAACAACGUCACUUCUGUCGCCCGCGACACAUCCUCCGCCGCUGAAGAGCUCACCACCGCCCACGAUUACCAGCGCAAAGCGGGCCGACGGAUGGCGUGUCUCUUGAUCAUCCUUCUCAUUGUAGCUACCUUCAUCCUUCUUGCUAUCCUAUCAUAA